CAGAGCUGCUGAAAGGUCUGGUCGCAGAGACAGGAACGCGUAAUCCUCAGCGUGCUCCAUCCGGACAGCGUCUGCCCACCUCCUGGCAGGGCAUCGAGCCUCCGGACCACAGCCCCUCUGCUCUUCGGAAAAGCCUGAUGAAGUCCUCCGACAUCGAUCAAGAUUUAUUUACAGACAGUUACUGCAAGGUGUGCAGUGCACAACUGAUAUCAGAAUCCCAGCGCGUGGCCCACUACGAGAGUCGAAAACAUGCAAGCAAAGUCCGACUGUAUUACAUGCUGCACCCCAGGGAUGGCGGGUGUCCUGCCAAGAGACUCCGGGCAGAAAAAGGAAGUGAUGCUGACAUGGUGGAUAAGAACAAGUGCUGCACACUCUGUAACAUGUCUUUCACCUCAGCAGUGGUGGCUGACUCGCAUUAUCAAGGCAAAAUCCACGCCAAAAGGUUAAAACUGUUGCUAGGAGAGAAAACGCCGUUAAAGACCACAGCCACACCCCUGAGCUCACUUAAGCCCGCCCGCGUGGACACCGCUCCUGUGGUUGAUUCUGCUUAUCAAAGAAGAGACUCGGACCGGUACUGCGGGCUCUGUACGGCCUGGUUCAACAACCCGCUGAUGGCGCAGCAGCAUUAUGAAGGCAAGAAGCACAAAAAGAAUGCGGCUCGAGUUGCUCUGCUGGAACAGCUGGGGACAAGCCUGGAUAUGGGGGAACUGAGAGGUCUGAGGCGCACUUACAGAUGUACCAUCUGCAGUGUCUCCUUAAACUCUAUAGAACAGUACCAUGCCCACCUGAAAGGAUCCAAACACCAGACCAACCUGAAGAAUAAGUAGUGAGGACAACAAGGAAGACAUAAGAAAAGGCGCCAGCACUUCUCUGCUGUGAAGACUUGUUAUCGACCACCUGAAGAAGAUCUUUUCUUGAACAAUGAACAUUUCUUACAAGGAUUCACAGAUUAACACGUGACUCAUUUUGAUUUUGGAAAGUGAAUGAUAUUCUUUCUUUUUCUUUUUCUUUUUUUAAAAUCUUGUGGUAAGUUGUAUUUGGGUGAAUUUAAAAAAAUCUUCCUGAUAACAUACUUAGCACAUGUUCUAAAUUAUAAUCCUGUAGCAAACAGUUGGAGCAUCAUUCAGACUUACACAGAAUGGAAAAAUUUAAUUCCCAGUUUAUUCUAGAUUCUUUCAGAGCAUGAUUGUUCUGUUGAAUCCUGAUGAGUGUGAUAUUAUUCACCUCUGUCCAGAAACAAACAUUCUUUUGCCAUCGUGCCAACAUGAGCAGAUCCAGAACAAAUCUCUAUUAUCAGUGGAAGAUGUAUCACGGACAAAUACCCGUUCUUCACCUUCAGAUGAGUAUACCGGGUGUGGUGUCCAAAUGACAAGAACAAGGAGGAUAAACAAAGGAAGAGUCCUCAUCCUUUCCUCCUGGUCACCUAAAGGACAGUUUCUCAAGGUGAAGCCAAGCCCUCUGUGCAAGCUGCCAAAUAAUAGCUUAGGAAAAGAGUUAGUUUGCUUGCAUGAUGAUCCUCUUAGGCAAAACUGUCUUCACAGCAGUUGACUUUGGUCAAAUCUUUCCUAAAGGCACCCAGAAGAAUGAUAGAUCCCCCGAACAACAUGCAAAUAGAUCCCUCUUCUGCAGUUAGCCUGGAGUGCGGGCUCUAAUUUGGAGUACUGAUGAUUCAGAGAGAAGCGAAUAAAUCUUCAAGGAAUGGCAGCCUUGGGUAAGGUGAGGUCCGCUGUUUCUUCCGUUUCUCAUCAGAGCAUUGUUGCUGAGUCCAUUCCUCAUCUGUGGGAUGUGGAUUUGGCCAUUGUUCCUCUGUGACGGGGAACAUUUCUGAGUGCAAAUCACAAAGACUGUCCUCUAGGUUUAAUCCUCAGCAGGGACCACGAUCGGUGUCCUGCCGGCUGAUGACAGGAAAGCACAUGGAGCUUCUGUCCAGGAUGCCACCAGCAUUCCAGCUGGGAUGGAGCUGGAAUGGCCCUUUGUACCUGGUGGCCACAGAAACGGACUGGGGACUGGGUUUUCUGGACAUGUAUUGCUUUCCAUGGAGAGCUGAGGUGGUUGCACGUCAGUGAGCAACAAGCACAGUGACAGAUGCAAAGUGUUGCUGCGAAGGUGCCUGUAUCUGUGUCUGGAAAGGGGCACUGUCCCCAGCGGAGAGGCCGCCCUGAGGGGGCCAGAGCUGGCAACGCCUGUGCCUGCAGGGAGGAGCGGCCACGUGAGGCUGCACUGUGGGGAGGAAGGAGGUUUUGAUGCGGAGAAAUCUAUUUUGCUGUUUUAGAAGCACACACCGAGCUGUAAACCUCUAGUGAUGGCUUGUCUUCGAAUGUAUAAAAUAAAGCUUUAUUUGUUAUUUCUGCUGUAAAAUAAGCAUUGUCCAAGUUAAGGAAAACAAAUAUUUGUUUCUGUUUGUGUUAGUGACUGAGCUCACACCCUGAUGUAUUGUGUUUAUGUUUUAAUAACCUAAUAUAGAAAAGCUUAUGAACGUGGAUUUCUUUUGCUUUACAAAGAAGCCAUGCCAACCCCUUUAUAGAUGAGCUUCAGCUAUAAUAAUCAGAUUAUUUCAGAAUUUCUCAUCUACUACCAUUGCUCUUUGGUAAUCUGCCAAGGGAAAGUGAAUAUCUUGCCAGAGGUUUUGUUUGUUUGAUUGUUUUUCGGUCUUUUUAUUUUUGCCUAUGCAGAUAUGGGAAGUCAUCCCUAGUGAACCAUAGAACUAACAUUUCCAGCUCUGUGCAGAAAGGGCUUAUAGAUGUUCUUUGUAUUUUGGAAAUUCUUGAAUAGAAACAUCUCUACUUGGGAGACUAGCUGUUCGUUUUCCUUUCGUUGCCCACUUUGGCUGUGUGAGGCAUACCCCUCUUUCCAGUUUCAUUCUGGCUGAAUUUGAGUGGGAUAUAAAGUAGAUGUUUUCAAGUGACUAAUAAACGAUGGUGAGGAAGGAAAUCAGUGUGGACCUGGUUGCAUCCCUGUCCCGUGGUCCACUCAGUCCUAAAGCUUCCCUAGUUGAGGGAUUGUCUCUAAAAAUCUCAAUUCAGGGGAAUUUAGGGAGAACUCUAUCCAUUUGGAAGAGAGUCCUUGGAACAAUGGUAACUAAGCUAAUCAAGUCCUGUCCAUUUGAAGUUUUGUUGCAGUAAAGGAAAUAAUGAUUCGAAAUUAACACACAAGCCUAAUAGAUUUCUUAUAUAGGAGUGAAAGUUCUUCAUUUUUAAAGGAAAAAAAAUUAAGUGAUUGAAACAGUCUGUCUUCUGUGUUGUUCUUGGUUUGGUGUUCCUGGAGAUUGAGCUCAGGGCUUUGUACGCGCUGGGCAAGCAUUCUACAGUAAACUAUCCACUCAGCCCCAGUCUAUCUUCUUAAACAGAUAAAUCACUCCUUCAGUCCUGGCCAUGCAGUUCAAAUUUACUGUAUAAAACAGUUCCUUCUCUUCAGUUCAGAGAUAAGCUGCAGGCUAGCACCUGUUCCCAUGGCCUCAAAUACCAUGGUAGUGAAACUCAAAUGGAUGAGCUUUGCUUCUGUAUAGACCCUACAGCCCAGUGAAGUAAUAAAUGUGAUCAUAAAGCAGUCUGCUAAGUAGUAAGGACUACAGUGAUUCCUUUUGCUAAUAAAAAUCAUCAUAAAAUUUGUGUGCUAUAGCUGGACUACAAAGAUCAGCUGGAUUUGUUUUUCAUUUGCCUCUUGGAUGACACAGAAACAUAAGUUAGAUCGUAAGAAUUUUCACAUCUUCCUAUUGAAGUGGCUAUAUUGGGCCAAUCAGAUCAAAAGAAAGAAAAAUAGGAGCUACACCAAAAACAUGUGAGUUCUCCUGAAAAGGAAGACUUGAGCCUGGGUGGUGAAGAGGGGCCGUCACAUUUUUUUCCAAAGCUGACCUUUUAGGGUAAUAUUUGGACAGUUGAGUGUGAGUACAGACUAUUAUAACCCCGGUAAUAUAAUAACCUUUCCAAACUGCCAUGGAAUAAAAUACCCUGUCUAUGUUCCAUCCAAGCUAAACAUCCAUUGUUCAUUGGAUCAGUUUGUCUAAGAAAUUGUUUUUCUUUUAUCAGCAGAAUAAGAAGGGUCUGGUCAACAUUUCAUUGUGAGAGCAGAUUCUUUUUUCUUUUUCUGGUUCUUAAAAAGUUUGUUCAUACUAAAGGCAUGCUGAACUACCUCAUAGGUGUGUUGUGUGAUAGCUAAUUAAUAAAUUACAAGUGCUUCAAAACCUAAUCUGUAUAUGCAUGCUGCCUUAAUUUGUUUCCUAGCUUAAGAUAUGCAUGUCAUAUCAUGUGGCAGUGUCAUUGCCAUAUUCACGUUUAUACAUUCGGCUUUAAAUUUGAGAUGCAAACCGAAAUGCAGUCCUGGCUUUCUCAGCACAGACCGAGCACAUAAAAUUCAAGACUGGCAGAUAGAACAUGUGGUGAAACACAUUACCUAGAAGCAAAACCAAGAAGUAUUUAAAUUCUCAAAGGAGGGAGUCAGGAUGGAUUUUAAAGAGUGCUGAAGUAACUUCAUAGGGUAAUAGUGAAGAGGCCCACAUUUGUCAAGGACUCAUAUAAAGAGAUAGGGCGGGUUUAAGUUUCUGCCCAUGAAAUAAUCUUUACUUGCUUCACAUGUGGAAUAAAAGGUAAAAAGAAGUCACAGGGAGCCUAUAUAUUUCCGAAUGCUGCAGGAGAGGCUAUACAGGUGGUCACUUGCCUUCACUGUAUCUUUCCAGAAAAACCAUCAAACACUGUUUGUUGGGUUUUUACUGUUUGUAAUAGAUGUAGCCUAAAGAGGAAGAAAUGGAAUUAAUAUCUAACGAUUUCUUAAUAAGGUAAUGUAAAGGCUCUACAGUAACAUCAAAAAACAAUUUUACUGCUGGUUCUAUUUUGCUGCCGAUUUCCCCAUAUGACUAAUUAUUCCUUAAUCACUAUUGUGACAGCAGUUUUAUUUGGAAUUUCAGAUAUCUCAACUUAAUUAGUAAUUCAUUCUGACCUUUAAAAAUCACAUUCUGUAGUCUCGGGAUUAUAGGAGAGGAGGAAAACCAGCCCCCAGCCCCCGUUAGCAGGUUCCACUGUUUCUGAAGAGUACUUGUCUGCUGUCACGUGCAGACUUCUAGGUCAGAAGGAUCCGCCAGACUAAGGCUGAUUCAGUGUCAGAGAGAGGAGAUAAUGAACAGUGUCACAUGUGUGACUGGUAAAGUUUAUUUUACUGAAAGAAAAAACUGGAAAUCACUAUACAGAACAAUAAAUUCCCCUACUGCGUGUCUGCUUGCAACUCUCUUUCAAGAAUUCUCUCCAGUUUUCUAUGUGAAUUGCUGUUCUUUGUGUAAUUCAGUGUCUGAUGACUGUAAAGACCUCCACAUGUGAGCAGUUUCAGGUUUCCAUGUUGUCAUCACAUCAGUGGCCCAAGUUUUUGUUUUGAGAUAAAAUUUUAAUGCACACUGUCCUAUAUUGUGAAGUCGUCUCUGCUGUGAGGUGAGGUGUUAAUCAGGCCCCAGUGUGUGUGCUCAUGAUUUUACUGCUGACCUCCAAAGAAUUGCCAUGCUAGGUCAACUCCAUCUCCAUAAGCCCACAACUCUGGCUGUUCAGAGCAUAGGGGAUAGGGGUCUGUAGGCAGAAAAUUACAUAAAAUAAGGUCCUCAUCAGGCUUUCUGGCCAAUCCUGACUAGAAAGAGCUAAAACCUUACCAGAGAAAUAAUUAGCAAGACAAGGGAGGACUAAUAAACAAAGCAGAGAACACAAGUUAGCAAUCCCUCCCCACUUUAACAAAGUACAAAGGAGAAAAGGAAUUCUCUCUCUCUCUCUCAAUAUGUAUAAAUUCAUUCCCAUGCUAGGGCCAUUAUAUUACUUUACAGAUUCCCUUAAUCACUGACUGGACCUGGUAUGUAAGAGCCUUCUAAUCCCAGAGAUAAUGCUGUGACAAGGACAAUCAGGCCCACUUAGAAAUAUGCACAUAGACAAUGUGCAGGGGCCUGAGAUCCCCUAUAACAGUCCAGAGAACCAAGCAGGUUGUGACAGGUUCCAGAUAUCAACCCGGGAGGGAAUGUUUCCCAAAGCAUGCUAAAAGAAAGCUGAGGACAAGAACCCAUGGGUAUCUGGGUCUGGGUCCCCCACCUUCUUACAGGGUAGCUUUCUGUUCCCUGCUUCUUUUCUUUCUUACAAAUAAAGCAUUUUUGUUUCCCCUUAUAUACUUGGUUCCUUUAUUUAUUACUAGUGCUGGGUUUAUGAUCCCAGCUGCUCAGACCACAAGCUGUGCUGCACAUCUCUGGACCCAAGAGUCUCAAAGAAGCUAAUAAUAGGAAAGUAGGAUUAGCUUCCCUGAUGUUAGUUUCAAGGAAAUUAUCCAUGCUACAGUUGUAUAAGCUGGGCAGUACAAAUAUUUCCCUGUCGUCAGAAUGAUCAUCUUUUUGGCUGAGCUUGAGAAUAACGGAAUAAGGGUGAGCAAGGCACAAGUAAGGUAAUCUCCAUGGAUGUGCACCACGGGCAUAACCGUCCAUGUCUCGGGAACAGUGCCUGCUCCAGAGAAGACAACUGCUGGCUCCGGGCACCCACCGCUGGCUUUAGGAGCCUUGUACACGGCUUACAUUUCCCUGUCUUCUUGUGAAUUCAUUCUCAUUACUUGUUAGCUCUUCUUUGUACCUUUCAUGGUGCUUGGCCCACGGGGCCACAUGUUUAGAAGUUUGGGGUGUCUUUUCUGUGUGACAUUGUUUAUACCACUCUUGCCUAACUAGAACAUACUGCUAUAAAAAAAAAAAGUGAUUGGUAAAGCACAAUAAAAUCUCUAAGAAUCAUGCAGAUCUUGGAAACUAUCUACUUUGGGGGCUUGUUUAAAGGCAAGAAGUAUCUACUUUGGAUGACAUAUGCUCUAGAUAUAUUUAUUAAAGGUAUGUUCUGCCUUGUCCCCUGCUUUGCCACUUAACUUAAGGCCAAAUCCACCUCCAUAGCCUGUGCCUUUUCAUCUUCUCCCAUCUCUGUGUCCUGAGGAGUAGACACUGUAAUGUGAUGAAAGUUUAUUGAGUUUACUUCACAAGCAAUUUGUGGGCCUCUAAUGAAAUGAUGUCCCCCGGGCUACUUCAGAGACAUGCACCUUCUAGAGUGCAGCAGUGUAAAUGAACUAAAUAUAUUGUUCCCACAGCCACAGGUUCAAAACCUGCCCAGUUUCCUGUGUCCAUGGUGAGCUUUCCUUGGUAUGAACUUGGCCUUGGUCUUUGUCUGUUUCUACUUAGUGACCAGUGUCACAGUUACUGUAGGGGUUUCUUUUCUGCAUAUGCAAUGCGAGAAAGAGUACAGUCCCUCCUGUUUCGAAAUGCCUGAUGUUAUCUGACUUAUUGCUGGGAUAUGAAGAAAGUGAGUCAUUUUUCCUUU